CAAAGAAGCCGUACACACCGACAAUGGAGUUGUGAGGGAAUAAUAUUUGCCAGUUAUUAACGUAAACGUACUUUUUAGCAACAUCACCACUAUAAUAACAAGUGAUAAGUCAUGGAUGAAAUAGAGGAACGUCUUAGGGAAGUGUGGAGGACAGGACAAGACCUAGGACUCCUCGACACCGACAUUGAAAAUGUGAUUCGUGCGGUGUUGGAAGAGGCGAAGGAUAGAGAAAAUAAACUACAGGAAACGGAUGAGGGACAAGAACCCGUAGGAGAAAGAAGAUGUUGGAUUGUGUGGAGAGUUGUGAGAUUUUGGCUGAGGUUUUCACUGGUGUUGGUCUUCCUCGGGGUCGCAGCCUUCGCUCUCAUCUCGCUGCACAACCCGACGAGGAAGUUCGUGACGCGGAAUAUUCAGGACGCGAUUUAUCCCUUCAUGACGACGCUGAGGGUUGUCACGCUGCCCCUCCUCUCGGCCUUUCCCUGGAUGAGCCGCUGGUACUCUGAGGAAUGUCUAGUCCAGAACCCCCUUUAUGACCAGCCUAAUGUGGACUGUACCCCUUGUGGGGUUGACCUCGAAUAUGCUCCAGUCUCCAAUCUCCAGAACUUCACUGACUUUUACUAUAACAAUGGAAAGUUUGUGGUAGUAGUGGAUGCACUUCAGCCUGGGAAGGGUGUAUCUUGGGCCACACUAGUCGCACAGAUCAACAUCUGCAAGGAGGAGGAGAUUGGGUCAUGGACAUUAACCCCCCAAAGAGAUGGGCCAUGUGAUUAUAAUGAUACUUUGGUGAAGGGAGUCCUCCCUGCCCCUGAGUCUCAUGUUGAAUGGAAGAUUUUCCGAAUAGAGACACUUCACGUUAUCCGUCAAUUCUUCCCUAGAGUUUACUUUGUGCCUCAAGACACAGAAGUGGCACUUCACCGACACAUUUUCGUAGAUGGGACUGAGUCUAAGUCCUACACUUUGCCACUUACAGAAUUUGCGAAUGUAGUGGUUGUCCAGGGAGAAGGAGAGAGUGUGUUCAAGCUAGAACCUUCACCUCAUUGUCGUGAUGCUUGUCCUCCUGUCACUGUUCAUCUAGAGACAUCACAGGUGUUGUUUUUUAACUGGAUUUUUUGGCGACCUGCCAGAGUGGGUGGCAAAAAUGUCUCAACGAUUUUUAUGAGUUCCUUUUACUGAGUCCAUAAGACUUAUUUUGUGAUUUGUAAUAUGUGAAUUAAGCAUCAGAAAGACUGCAGUGUUUUAAAAACUCAGCAAGUCUGGUGAUGUAGGUAUGGUAGAUUGUGAUGUAAAUGUAAAUUGUCUAUAGUGUGUGUAUUUAUUUUUUUAAUUUGUAGAUAUGUGUAUCUUAAAAUGUAAUUAAAAAUUAUUUCUUAUACUAGAGCUCUUUCCACAGUUCCUGAUACUGUAGGUCUAUGAAGUGGAUUUUGGUCUGUCAGUAUCUAAAAUACACAUCAAUAAAUUGUACAUACAAAUU